AUGAUUUUGUAUAGCACAGUUUUCCAUUGUAUUGUAUGUUUUUUCGCUUAUAAAAAUGAAUAUCAAGGUUUAACUUCACAGUUGGAAUUUAAACAAUUCAUAAAGGAGGACGAACAGGUCAAGAUGCUGUAUGAAUUGAUAGGGAUAGUGCGUAUUCUGGACCCCGUGGUGAAACACAAGGAGGCCAAAGAACUGAUCACAACGAUAGGGAAGCUAGUCAUUAAUAACAGAGGAGUCAUAAGAAAUAUCAUCCCCAUGAAGGAUUCUUUGAAAUUACCCAAGAUCAUGACGAAGGAUCAGGAACAGCAUUUCCAAGGGUAUCAUUUCAUGAUGCUUUUUGAUUCUUCUCCAGCUGUACAAUCUGAAAUCCUGAGGACGUUGAAGAAGGAUCCUCGUGUUAUUAGAUCCUCCAUCAUUAAGGUGAACACUGAAAAGGAAUUGGAUGUGGCACCGUCGUUGGAUAAAAUAUCAGGAUUCAAGUCUGUAUUAGAGAAGGUCAAUAACAGUGGAGUAAGGUGGUAG